CCGGCACAAAAUCUGUAUGAGGUGAUUUUGCUUAAAUCAUCAAUCACCGCACAUCUUCAUCUUCCUGGAGCUUCUUUCUUCUCCACGCCGAAGAGAAGAGUAAAUCCGAAAAAGAAAAAGCUUCUUCUUGUUCCUACACAACACAGCUUUGUGUAAUCUCUCAUGGUCUUUCGAUUACUAUGAAGGCUUGCAACUUCAUGUGGCCUUCCACAUCACCUAGAUUCACCAUCACCAUCACCACACCUUAUCCACAACCACACUUACGGCUCCGCACCUACACCUCACGCGCCGCCCCUUUCUUACAUGUAAAAGCCUUCCAGCGCGGUGACUUGGACCGUUUCGCUGACGACGUUAAGUCCGGUAAAGCUUGGAGAGACGCGUGGCGGACCGCGAACGAUGGAUUCGAGCAAUUCGUUUUCGAGGCUAAGAAGACCGCCGAGCGAAUCGAUCGCCAGUACGCUGUUUCUCGCCGGUUUAGCUCCGCUGCUAGUUCUGCCGGUGACCGUGCUCGUGAGAUUGAUCGUGAAUUUGGGAUUAGUCCUCGUGUUAGGAGCUUCUCUGCCGAUUUGAGCAGAAAUUUCCCUAAGUACAGGAAACAAUUCAGUGCCUUCUUGAAUACACCGCUCGGUGGAAGUUUUGCGACUAUUUUCUUUCUUUGGUUUGCCCUCUCUGGAUGGCUGUUCCGAGUAAUAAUAAUUGCGACUUGGGUUCUUCCAAUUGCUGGCCCUCUUCUCAUUGGUGCAGUGGCCAAUAACUUUGUCAUCAAGGGAGAAUGCCCAGCAUGUAAGAGGCAGUUCAUAGGAUACAAGAGCCAGAUUAUCAGAUGCGAGGGGUGUGGGAACAUAGUGUGGCAGCCACAAGACGACUUCUUCUCAAAAGAUGGCAACAACAAUAAUAACAGCAAGGGAAACUCUAAAAAGCCACCUAAAUCCCAAAUCAUUGAUGUCGAUUUUGAGGAGAAAUGAUGAUUAGAGAGAGACCGAGAAUGAAGCAGAAAGCUCUCUCUCUCUUGUUGCACUUAAUGCUCACAUGAAGAUAAAGAAAAUGUGUUUAUAACUGAACCAUUUGCUGUAUUUUUUGUCUGUUUUGAGCUGCAGCUCUGUAGAAGGCAUCGUGUUUUACAUGUUGUGUACAUGAUAAGGUUUCCUUGUAGAUGGACAAAUGUAGUUUCCACAAGCCGGGAGACUUGAUUGAAACUCCUAAAGUUUUUACAUCUUUGACAAAUCAUAUAUUAUAGAACCAUUUACUUCACCA